AGAUUACCUGAGAGGAAAGUGGGUGAAUGUGACCUUAACAGGCCGUCUGUCCAUUUUUCCUUUCUUCAGGUUUUUGCUUCUUACUGUACUUCUUACUGUACCUCCCAAUGCUCUGAUAUCAUGGAAUUUUUUUUUGUUGAUUUUGUUUUUUUAAAAACCAGUCUGGCAGCUUUGGAAAAUUGAAAGCUAAGGGACUUUUUUUUCAUUAACUGAAAGCAAAACUUAAGCUCUUACCUGAGCUGUCUUCCACAGCUCAUUGCUGGCAGACUGCUUAUUGGAGUUGGAAAAAAAGUCCAGAGGGAGAUCCAUCAGUGCGGCAAUAACUAACUGUGACGACCGAGAAGGAUUGGAUGAGAGGGUCAGAGUGCUCCCAAGUUAUGGAUAAGUCCAGCGAUAACCCAGAGGAGGACAGAGUAUCCCUUAGGAGCAACGGGAAGAUGCCAGCAAAUGGAAUGGCGAAAGAGGUUCUGGGUGCAUUCCAGUCGUUCAGGCAAAGCAUUAGACGUCCUUCGGAAAAGAGUCCCUUUUCACCGAAAAGCAAGGACUCAAAGGUCACAUCCAGUGUGCAGGCACAAGUCAGUACAGAGUCUUCCUUUUCUUCACCACCAACAUCACCCAGUCUUAGUGCUGGCUCUCCAGCAACGACACCCUUUAAGGCCAUCGGGGGUUCCUUUCAGAAAAAUGAUGAAGAUCAGCCGGACAUCGUAACACAGAAAAAAAAGCCGAUAACUCGUUCAAAGUCAGAUACCAACACGUCUAAGCUGGGUGACUCCCUUAUGAAGAAAGGAGCCUCCAUUCGAAGAAGUCUGAGAUUUAGCUCGAAGAAGGAAAAUGAUAAAACAGGGAGAAAGGACUCUGCUGUCUCCGAGGCCCUACCAGAGAUUAUGGAUGACAAGGAAGCUGAGGAGGAGGAGUUGUCGGAGGUUGAUGAAUUGUACUCACUACCUGAAAUACCUCACACUCCGCUCUCAGUUAUGCAGAUCAACAAGCUAAUCGAGAUGGAGGUGCUGGAGGAGGCUCAUCUGAACCUGCUUGCCAUGCGGCAGGAGUUUCAGAAGGAGCAGGAGCAAUCUGGGGAUGACUCCCCUAUGGAAUUGGCCAAGAAAGAAAAAGACCUGGUCCUUCUUUAUAAUGACCUUCGGAAAAAGAUUUGCACCAUAGUCUGUGAUUCCAACUCUCUUCCUGCCAGGAAUAAAGCGCUUCUGGUACACUUGGCACGUAUUAUCCAGGAGGAGGAGAAGAGGGCUGAGGAACCAGGAGGGCUACAGGACAGCUGGAGAGAGGCCUGGAGGGAGGCGGUAUCUGACGGUGUACUGGCCAAGGUGAAAAGUGUUCAUCUGGACAGUAAAGAACAGAAUCGGUCAUGGUUGGCAGUUCAUCUUGGACUCCUGGGAAAAAUCAUUGUGGAGGAUUUGAUGAUUGUAAAGCAGGAACUACGAUGGUCCUACCCACCCAGCUUUAAAGUCUUCAGCACUUAUGUUAGGAGCUACCAAAGAGUCCUCGGGCAGCACUUGAAGAAGCUGGAGUCUCAAGUGACUGAGCUGAAGGAUGUGUAUGCUCUGCUAGAUUGGAUUCUCCACACAUACAAGAGUGAGAAGAUCAUGGGAAGUUUCUCUUUGCUGCCAGAAAUGGCAGAAGAAAGUACUGAUCUGCAGUUAGAAGAAAGCUUUAUGAAGCAGCUUUUAGAGAAAUACAGCCUCAAAGUAAAGGAUGACAUGAGUGCUGCACUGGACAGAGUGAUCGAACUGGAAAAUAAAGAUGUUUGGAAAGACAAAAAUGAGCCCCAGAUAGAAGACAACGUCUUUCACUCUCAAUUUCCUAUGGACAUCUGGACUAAUAUGAAGGCAAAUGUGAUCCACUCCCAAAAACUAGACAUUGAACUGGAAAAGAAAGUGAUCGUUUCCUGUCUUGAGGAGCUGAAAACCUUUCCCACAAGGUUUGAAAACCAGUUCAUAUUGCAUUGCAGCGCCCUUCAACCCCAACCCCUGUGGACAAAGUAUCAGAUAACCUACAUUAACAGCUUUGCUGCUUUACAGCAAUACAUGGAGGGGUACAUGGACAGCUGUCCAAACGAGGUGGAGGCGUUCAGAGGAGAGGUGAAAGGGCUUAUUGAGAGGCUAAUGGAAAGUCUGGGGAAACAGUAUAAAGAUGAUGCCAAGCCUUUCCUCAGGCGGAUGAUGACGAGGAAGUGGCUUACCAAUGAUGAUGACUUCAAAAACCUCUACAGCCGUACAAGGCAGCUUUGUGAUCAUUGUGAACACAUGAGUCCUCCAUAUUUAGAGGAAUUUGCGAACCGUUUGCAUUACCAUGUAGUGAAGGAGUACAUCGGCCAGCUCAUGAAGAAUAACUACUCAUGCAAGAACCAGAAGCAUGAGAGGGCUGCAACCAAAAUCUUUCAACAGUGGAAACAGCUUUGUGAAGUGUUUGACAACAUGGGAUCAACUCAUGAGUGGCUGGACCAAGUAGGAUAUGAUCUAAGCAAAAUCAUUGGAGAAAAAAACAAAACAGACAUCAAGAGCAAUGUGCAGCCCCUGCUAGAACAUUAUCCAGAUUUCAGCAGGAAACAUCUGGUUGCUGUUCUUUCCUUCAGGGGCCUUAAUAAAGGGCGCGAGUACCACUUAAUCCUCCAGAAACUCACUGCGCUUAAAAAGGAAGCGGGCAGCACAAGCACUGACAGAAGCCAAGUUUUAUUUGAGGACAUUCAAGUCACGGCUAACACUGACUGCUUUUCCAACCUGCCUUCCUUCUGUGUCAGCUUUCUGCAGUCAGACAGCUAAAGAAGAACUGCAGAGUUCAUUUCUUAUGCUCAGCUUCUGAACCUGCUGCAGGAAAUGCCAUGUCACUUUUUUUCUCAGGUUAUGGGAUUUUUCAUUAUGCGGGCUUGAUUGCACUGUGACUCUUGUUUGUAUAUAUCCAAAGAACAGAUUUUUCAUUCAUUGUUUGUGAUCAUUUUGUAACGUCACAUUCAGUUUGGCAAAUCUGUAUAAAAAAGAACAAAAUGUGAAUUUUACUUCAGCUACAACCAUACUACAGCUCUAUGUCUUCUUUAAGAUAAGCAAUGCUAUAUUUCAUUUUCCUAAGAACAGCACUAUGAAUUAGGGUCAUGUAUUGGUUAAGUUUAGAGAGGAGGUUAAAACAAUGCAGUUAGACUAAUAAAGAGGAUGAAAAGGUUGAAGGUACUCACAAGAAAACCAGCAAAUAAACAAAAGCAACUUAGACACUUGGAUAGGAUAAACUAUUAGAAUAAAAUAAUAUGGAUAAAGUUAUCUUAAAGACAUAUAGAAAACACAGUGCACUUUACACAGCUGUAAAAGAACAUCAUCAUCCUGUCCUUUAUCCAGUAGUUGGUCGCUGCACCCACAUAUACCACUGUAUAAUGUGGAUUGUUUUUGCAUCCGAGAAUACUAUGGCUUUAACCAAAGGAUGAAAAUGAUGACAUGUUAACAGAUCCUGCCAGAAAUCCAGAAUUUUGAGGUUAUUGUAUUUCAUGUAAAUAUAUAAUUGUUGGCUAACCUUGUUUAAGAAGACAAACAAACAUUCUUUCCUCACAGAAAUAACUUGAACUUAAAGAAGUAAUAAUAAAAAACUGAAAGUCAGUCAUCGCUCUCUAAUCAUGCUUCGGUACAAUGACUUUAAAAAUAAUGAAACAAACCUGGGCAAAAAUAAUCGUACCGCUAGAAAAGACUGAAAAUGAUGUGACCAAAGGGCCAUCUUAAAUCAAAGUGUGUGCACUAAUGAGCAUCACAGGUAUCUCCAAUCUUGUAACCAUUGAUUGAGCCUAUACAUAGGACUACAGAUAGCCACUGUGUUGUUUGGGAAUAUGGUGUAUACCACACUCAACAUGGACAAAAUGAGGAAAGGAACCAGUAUCCUCAGGAGAUAGAAGGGAAAUCACAGUAUAGGCAAGCAUGAUAAAAGUAAAGGCUAUCAGACAAUCUCCAAGCGGGUUGAUGUUCCUGUGACUGCAGCUGCACAGUAUAUUCAGAUUUUUUAGAUCCUUUGUUAAGUAGCCCAACCUAUUUGGACAUGGCCGCAUGAGGAAAAAUGUAGACAAUUUAAAGAGAUGGAUGGUCCAAUUUGGUCGUAAUGGGAAACGACCAAAGAGAGCUCUAUAGUUGAAAACAUAUAAUAAAAACGUAGGAAUGGUAUUUUUGCCAAACUACAUGUUGGUCGCUCUUUGAGUAUCAUCAUUCAUGUUCAGCCAUUUUCAUCAGUCUUUUUUUUUUUGAGGGGGGGAUAAUUCUGUCAAACCAUUGUUGAAAAUGAAUGUCUAACUUUCAUUUUUUUUCUUUUUUAAUUAUUUUUAUUUAUUAUUACCUUGGACAUAUUUAAGUAAUUUCUGUGACUAUUGUGGGGGUUUUGUUUAAAUCAUGUCCUAGCAAAAUGCACAUAAAUCAUUAAAGGGUAUGUAAAUAUCUUUGUGUAAAUAUGUAUAUUUCUUUGUCUUUUAAAUUUAGAUUAUCCCUAAUUUUGGAAUCACGAUUGCGAGUAAAUAUGACUUGCUCACAGACUUCUCAAAGUCCUUCCUGACACAACUGGGAUUCAGUUUCUAUAUAUGUUGAGAAAUCAAACCUGACAUCUUGGGACAGCUUUUUUAAUUUUGGGGUUGUUUUCAGAUGUUUUUUCUGCUAUAGUUGCUACUGAAUCAAAUGUAUACAGUUUUGUUUUAGGUUCUUUACUUUAGAGCCAUAUACCAUAUAUAAUCGGAACAGAUCAAUUAGAAGAUCUGUUCCGAUUAAGUUUUUUUAAAAUCAGAUUCAAAGUUCCAGUUUAAAAUACUAGAUGAUGAACGUCUUUUCAAUAUGCCCACAUUUCUGUAUUCAUAUUGUUUUGUCUGAAUGGUCUCAUUUAAAAUUCUAACCUCCAAUGUUGUGUUAUCAUUAGAUGUACACUAUGAGGAAAACAAUUGUAAAUAAGUAAA